AUUUGUUUAAUAGUAAACAGUAUGAACAAAAAUAAAACAGAUCAUAAAUGGAACAGUUUAAACAAAAAUUAUGCGGGCUUUGCCUCGGCGUUAUACAUAAUAAUGAAAAUUUUAAAGUAAUAGAUGCAACUCUUAAGGAAGCCGUAGACACACUUCUAAUAAAACUGAAUACGAAAGGAACCGAUCAGCCUGUAACGUGCGACUCCUGUUCCAAAAAACUGUUUGCGGCAUUUGAAUUCAAGAUAACCUGCAUGAAUACAGAACACUGUAUUUUUCCUUAUGUCAACUCUGGAAAUUUGGCACUGGUCGACCUAAGAGAAAUUUAUCUAAAGGAAAGAAGUAAAGAACAUUUAACAGUUCUAUCGGGGGAUGAAAAGAUCUGUCGACUCUGUAUGCAAAUAGUCACAUCCGGAUUUGUUUCAGUAUGCGAUAUAGAGGCUGAUAUUAUCAUAAGAUAUAUUCCAGAAAUAAACUUUAGCUCAACUGAAGAUCCAGUUAUAUGCAGGGCUUGUCUGGAUUCCUUGAAUACUCACAGCAAUUUCUUGAAGGACUUAGAUGUAGAUGAGCAAAUUGAACAAAUUUAUAGCAACAGAGAUGCAGAGAGUGCGUUCUGUAUUAAGACGGAAGUCACUGAAAUAAAAACAGAACACGACGAAAAUGAAGAUGGUGAUGCUCUCCACCACAACGACACUGAAGCCGUUGAAGGCAAAGCUAAGUACACAGAUGAUUUGAAAACUCAGUCAAAGCACAAAGAUAUUUCCAAUCAAAAGGGCCACCGACCAUCACACAAGGAAAAAUCGGAGGCAUCUACGUACAAAUGUGACGUUUGCGGUUACGAAACCAAACAGAAGAUUCUCCUCAAGCGUCAUCAGAAAAUACACAAAAACCUGUCGGAGGUACCGGUGUACUUGUGUGAUUCUUGCGAUUUCAAAACCCGCCACAAAAACAACCUCCUGCCCCACCAGCUGAGGCACAGAAACAUAUCCCAAGUGCCAACCUACGAGUGUCCCACUUGCGGUUACAAAACGAGACAGAAGAGCCAUCUCACCGUCCACCAACGAACGCACAAGAACCGUUCCGAGAUAAGGAUGUACCCGUGCGAUCAGUGCGACUACGAAUCCAAGCAGAAGAGCAACCUGACCAAGCACCAGCUGAAACACAAAGACGGUUCGGAGGUGCCUUUGUAUCAGUGCGAAAUGUGCGGUUAUGUAGCCAAGCGGAGGGAUAAACUUAUGAACCAUCAACUGACGCACAAAGACCUCUCAGAAGUGGCGACUUACAAGUGUCAGAUUUGUGAUUUCGAAACGAAGCGGAAGUUCAGCCUUACGCGUCACAAUCUAACACACAAAGGCAAUUCGGAGGUCGAAAUGUACACGUGUGAUAAGUGUGAUUUCGGAACGAAGUACAAGAACAGUCUCGUGCGGCACAGGCAAGAUGUCCAUGAAGUCGUUUCCGAAGGCGAAUUUGUACCAGUGACGUUUUUGCCCUACGCGGAACGCGAUGUUACGACGAAUUUUAAAGAGAGUGACUAAAUAGGUUAUAACCAAAGUGGAAAACAGUCUUAUUUGGCAUAGACUGGUGUUUUUUUAAAGACAUUUUUUUUUAUACUAUUUGUUAAGGGUGGUGCCACUUUUUUAUUGGUCGUUUCAAACUCAGAGUCCAGUUUAUUUGAAGAGAGAUAUAUUUUUUAGAUUAGUUGAAUUGAUGAGCAAGAAAUUAUACAAGGUGGCGGAAAGUUGUCACCCGAUGUUCUUUAACUAAUUUUUUUUAAUAAAUGAAAAACUUUAGUUUUGUUUUUGGAUUUGAUGUCUAAAUUUUCAUUAAGUAGAAAAAAUGAUAUCGGCCAAGUGGCCGCCGCCAGAAUUGAUGACCAUACGUGCCCGAUUUAUGGCAUCUUCCAUCACUCUUUCCAGAACAUCCGGCGAUAGGUUCCCGCAUACCUGAUGGAUAUUCUCUUUGAGGACUUCAAGAGUCUGAGGCUUGUUGACAUAGACUCGUGACUUCAACAAACCCUUCAAAAAGCAGUCUAGACGGUUAAAUCGGGCGAUUUUGCCGGCCAGUACAAAUGACCAAAGCAAGAGAUUAGGCGACCCGGAAAUGCAGCCCUCGGAAUUUCGGUUACGGGUCGUGCAGUAUGCACCGUUGCUCCAUCUUGUUGGAACCACAUGUUCUCCAGUCCCAAUUCGUCCAGUUGAGGUAGGAGAAAGUUGUUGAGAAUGGCUCUGUAGCGCUCGCGGUUCACAGUAGUCGUUUGGCCCGCGGCGUUUUCGAAAAAAUAAGGCCCGAUGACGCCUCCAGCAUAAACACCACACCAUUCAGUAACUUUGAGCGGGUGUAAUGACUCUUCGUGUGUUAUACGCGGAUUUUCGGUGCCCCAGAAGCGAUAAUUCUGCUUAUUCACGUAUCCACAGAGCCUCGUCGCUCAUGAUGAUUUUCGAUGAAACCUGACAGCAUCUCGUGUUGUCCCAUACUUUUCUAGGCGAGCAGCUAAACGCCGUAGUGUUUGCUAGGUUGGUGGCGGACGACCGGGAAAUCUACAUCUAAAUUGACGCUGCACCAACACCACCGACGAAUUAUUAAUAAUAAUAAUAAUCUUUAUUUUCAAGAACAGUCGCAUAGAUCCAGUAACAUUAAUAAAAAUAACGUCAUCAGAGCUAUUACAGCACUAACAACUUUAUAACUAUCUAUAUAGAAAAAAGAAAUACUUACAUAAUUGAUUUCAGAGAUCAAUUCAUCCUUACAAACUAUUAUUAUUAAAAUACUCAUCUACAGUAUAUGGUUCCAGAUCUAUUAAUAAAUUAAAAAUGUUCUUUUUGAAAAUUAUUAUGUCUGUAAUUAUUCUUAUAUCAACAGGCCAUUUAUUAUACAUUUUAAUACGAUUAUAAAAGGCACGUUUUUCUGUAACUGUCAAUCUGUGUAUCGGAUAGGAAUAAUCCUCAGUUCUGGUUUGAUGGUUAUGUUGUGAAGACAUUUUUGUGAACAAAUGCCCGUUUUUUUAAAAGAAUAAUAUUUCUUGUAUGUAAACAGCUAUGAAGUUUAAAUUUUAUUUUCCUCGAAUUUUCCCCUGCACGAUUCUCUACUCUUCAUUUUUAGGAUUAUUCGUAUUACGCAAAAAAAUUGAAACAGUUAUUCCGCGUUCUUGAGGAGUAUAGCGAUUCAUGUCUUAUUGACGUGUAUUCAUUCGCCAUUUGCAAAAAUUAAAUUAUAGCAUCUUCCGAUAAGGUGAUGACUUUUGCGCCACCUAGUAUAAUUAAUUACUUUCUGGCAAAAAAGUAUCCUAUUUUUGUCAUUUAAAAAUCCGUUUGUAAUUUACGAUGCUGCUUGUUCAAAAGCUGCCUAUUACAAAUUUCAUUACAACAAAAAGUAAUAUGAGUUUCAAACUAACUCCAUUUUAUAGAAAAUCUGCGUU